AUGCGCAAGCUUUUACGGAAUGGGCUAGGAAUUCUAACCCGUGUUCUGCCAGGCUACAUCUGCGGCGUCAACGAUUGCACGGCACCGGCCGGCGUAUCCAACACCCAACAAUGUCCAACAGGCUACUACCUCUGCCCGGCAUCAUACAAUUUCGGCUGUUGCGAGACUACCAUGGGCUGUGCAUUAAACGCGUGCUAUGCGACGACCCCGGCGACAUUUGUAUUCACGGCUACCUUCACGACUUCCACCAACGCAAAUGGAAAGGCGGCUGUCACCACCGUCACCUCGACUACGGUCGAAAUCCCAACAGCCCCGAGCGGCCUCCCGACCGAUACAAACGUCUUCCUACCCAAAUUCAUUCCUGCUAUACAGGCAAAAGAAUCAGAAGUGGCUGUCGCCGACAAUGCAACAACCACGGACAAUUCUUCGUCCGGCCUCACAGGCGCUCAGAUUGGCGGCUUGGUCGGUGGCCUUGCUGGCCUCUUGCUCGUCGUCCUGGUGGCUACCUUCUUUAUUAUCCGGAACCUUCGCAAGACCGCCAAGGUCGUGAAGAAGGCGGAACGAGGCAGCGGUUCUAGCUCAGCAGGCAGACGGGGUGGACGGCGCGGUGGUCCCAAUCUGAGUGGUGGUGGAAUCGACGCUGGUGGUGCCAGCGGCAGCGGCGAGAGUGGCACACGAAACUCCAAGCAGAAAAUGGCGGCCCACCUUCCCACGCCGUCCGAGAUAAAUCAAAUGGAGUACGAUGAUCUUCUGGAGAACCAAGCGACCGAGACACAUUUAGAUGGCGGCAGGAAUUCGACGUUUAUUCAGCCCCCCGGAUUGAGCACCCUUUCCGGGUCGACCCCGCCGAUGCCGGACAAUACAGGUUUUCCAAAAGCCAGCCUAGACUUUUCGUCGCCGAAUGCCGGCGUUGACAGGGAGCCUGUCACGGGCUAUUUCGAUAUCCCAGGCCGCGUGCAGAACCGGCCCGGUCGGUUUUCAAUGAGCUCAGACCCGCGGACAAGCAUAGACUCUCAGGGCCAGCUGCCGCCGGCAUUAGUAUGGAGCCAGCAACAUCAGCAAUACCACCGCCCACGCAUCAUCAGUGAUGCAAGCGAACGAUCAGCGCGGGAUAGUGUCGUCGUCGGCUCGCCCAUACAACCGGCGGAACUCGGCGUGGACGGCGGGUUCAUCCCAGAACUGCCCAGUGUUUUGCAUACACCCGAAGAAAACGCGGGUGCAGCGUCUCACUACCAAAGUCAGAGCCAAAUACCGCAGAGAGCGCGGCCUUUUAGCAACAUCAGCGCCCUCAGCGGCAUGGGUAACUUUGGCGCCGGCACACAGCUUCAGCAGCACCAGCACCAGCAGCAGCAACAACCACUCAUGUCGGGUCACCAGCGCAGUUGGAGCGACGACAGCAACAAUGGCACGCCAAGUCACACGCCAGCUCAUUCGCCCGGUCAGUCGCCCGGUCAUACCCCGAGCCACAGCCGUGACCGCAGCAACAUCUACCAGCAGGUGCAUCAUCAGCCAAUACAGCAUCCACAACCAUUCCAGCCACAGCAUACCCAGGCACCCAAACUCGAUGUCGUCUCAGAGGCGGCCGAGCACAUGCACGGCCAUUAUGGGCCGAUCAACGCAGUAGCUGGCCAGACGCGGGCCGCUGCGGAUGUCGAAAUCGACAUCAGUUCACCGGUGGCGCCGUAG